AUGAAAGCUGCAGGCUGGUCUUCACAGGCAUGGUGCCGCACAGUCUUCGAGCGCGCGCAGGUGUUGCAAGCCUCCGUGCCCAGCUGGCAAACCUUCGCAGAUGUGCUCCUCCAGGCAGCCGAGGAGGUGGAGGCAAACCCAUCCCUCGUGCCCACCUCCACUACGGUCACUUCAAGCACGACACUGUCCAGUACGUCAUCCACAGCAACCGCAACCACAUCCUCAUCCACAGCCACGGAAGCGAGCAACACCAGCGUGACCACCACCAGCAGCACUAGCACCCUUUCCUCCACGGCAUCUCAUACAUCAUCAACUAGCACCAUGACUUGGACAUCGACCAUAAGCCUUACCACAACAACAAGUCUUUCAUUGAGUACGACAAGUACCACGGACUCCACCACAACUCAGAACAUCACCACAUCGUCUACGACCUCCGCAACUACAACAGGGCAGCCUUGGUGUUUGGGAGGAGACCAGGCUCAGACGGACACAUGGUGCCCCAGCGCCGUCACUUCAGAGACUGAACUGCCCGUGUAUGCGGACGUUGAGCUUGCGGAUGACAAGGGCAUCUUGCUGUUCGGCGUGUUUGCCGUGCAAUUGUCCAUGCACGGCAGUUCUGCUCUUACGCUGGGGCUGCCUCCUGCCGGGCAGCUGACCCUUCUGGGUUCCGAGCGCAGCCUGGUGUUCAUCCAGGCCAUGACCUUGAUCUAUGCGACCUGGAUCGACUCUUGGGUGGAGGCCCACGCACUCUCCAACGCCAGCCACGUCCUUCGACCCUGGGCACCGGAGCCAUCAUCGCUUACCACCACCAGCACUACCUACACACGCACCAGCUCCACCGCAACCACAAGCACCACCAGCCGGCCAGCACUACCUUACCCCCAGCCACAGGCCUCUUUUGGCGUCGUCCUGGGAGCCCUGGAGAACGUGUUCUCCGAUCCGCUGGAGCUGCUGACCCGGGCUCUAGCUCUGGACUUGGAGAACAAUGGCAAGCCCCAAACGCUGGAGAGUGUGGUUCCGACGUCCUUGGCGACCCGUGGGCUGACAACCUCCUCGCUACUGCACAGCUGGUGCGAGGUCCCGGCGCUGGCACCCACGCAGAGCUUGGGUGACAUCCUGGCGGCUCUCGCGCCCGCGGUGGCAAACCUGCAAGAUGCCACUGGCCUCAGACCGCUUGACACGGUGCUGAAGGCCUUAGAGGAGGGCCUGCCCUCCGAGUGGGAUGCCAGCUACUGGAGCAGUGCACCCGGAGGACCCGGGUGGGAGCCACCGCUGCCAACUAGCACCUCCACGACUUGGACCAGAACGACCACCGUCGACUUGUCGGCUCUUCUGUGUCCAGACGUGGAUUGUCUUCCUCCUGGCGACUGUGGCAUGGAUCCCUUCGUGGACCUGGAAUGCGUGGCUUGGUCGGCGCCCCUGCGGCGAUUUGUGCCAGCCCUUGGCUGCGAGCUGGUGGCCCAGCCAGGCCGUCAGUGGCCCAUUCUCCAGGAGGGCAGCAUGGAGGUUGUUUGCGAAUGUGAACCCUGGGCUUGGCAUCCUGCGAUGGCUGUGGCUUCCAAGCUGCCCGCCUUGACACCGUUCCCGCCGCAAGUGCACAUCCAGACGCGGGAGGUUGCGGUCUUCUGGCUCGACAAGGCCCACAGCUACAACUUGCGCGGCCUCUUUUUGCCACCAGCACUGCUGCUGCUGGCAGUACUUCACCUUUCUGUGGCCGUGUAUGCCGAGAUACGCUGGCGCUCCCAAGCGCGGUGGGUGGCGAUGCGCACCGCGCGCGCCAAAGGCGUCCAGGUGGAGGUGCAACAGCUGGAGACCGAAGAGAAGGACUUCAUCCGCCGGCGCGCUGCGGAGAUCAGAGCCACAGGCGAAUUCAGCGCCGCCAUCUGCGCUGCGGAGGCGCAGGAGAUCGUGCGCAGGGCCGAAGGCCUGCCACAUGCAUCGACGUCAGCAGCGGCGCAGCUCGACAUCCGGCAGGCCAAAGACGGCCUGGCGACACUCUUCCAGGCACAUGGCCUGGGUGAUGUUGAAGAAGACGAGGUUCGGCCGCCGCCGCCUCUGGCACUGAUGGGCCCAGGUGGCCUCCAGCCGCCGGUGGGUUCCACGCUGGUCACCUCGUCGUUGUCCAAAGCCACCCCAUCACUGCUGACGCCAAGCGCUCGGAUGCCGAGCAGUGUUACAGGAUCGCCCGUGCAAGGGCUGUCGUUGCGCAGUGCAGCUCAGGAGGUGGGGUUCCGCCCAGAGGAGGCGAUGAUCUCCACAAAACCGCCGACAAAGCCGAGGCGAGGGCUGCGCGCAAUACUCCUCGAUGCGGUGAGGAGGUGCAGGCGAAAGCACAUCUGGCGAGCCUGCCUCACGCAUCACAAGAUCUUCUUUCUUUCCAGCGACUCGCAGACCUUCAUCUUCAGUGCGCCUGAGCGUGCUGCGAUGCUGCAUGCGAGCCUUUGGAUCAAUGCCAUCUGGUUAUCUGUGGUGCUGGGUGGUUUCGAGCACCGCCGACCGUUCCAGGAUGAGCAUUGUCCUGGGGCCGGCCAGGAGUUUCGAGUUGCAGAGCCUGGGUGUCUGUUCGAUUCCACCUCUGUGGGCCAUGCCGUGCUGGCAGCAGCGCUCACGCCUCCACUGGCUGGCAUCUUGCAGACUGUUUGCCGAGGGCGGAGUUUCGUCGUGCGAGCAAAGGACCUCAGCAUUGAAGAUCGCGAUCGGGCCUUCACCCGCCACUUUUUGGGCCCGUGGCCCUCCGUCCUCAUGGCGCCCGCGGAAGCGAAGGUGCGGGUCUGGAACAUCUUCUGCAAUGUCUCUCGAUUCUGCUGCCCUCGGUGUCCACGGCCGCGGCGGCGGAAGCUGCUGCCUCUGCACUGGUGGCCUUCCCUGGUGCUGCCAUUCCUGGUGCUCCUUCUCGGCUUUUUAGCCUGGAGACUAUGCUUCUACAUGUUCCACUUCUCCGCCUCGAUCUACAUGUGGGAAGUUACACGGUCCGAUCAGCCGGGUGCGAUCCAGAUGGAGCUGCCGCCAUAUGAGCAGGCCGAGGCUUCUGCAGCCAUUGCCGAUGAAAGCUGGCAGGCACGCUUGGUCCUGGUGCCUGAGAUGCAGCGCUACAUAGUCCUCCUGCUGAUCAGCUGGGUCUUGAACUUGAUGCUGUUCGAGCCGCUACUGCUCAUCCUUCAUCUUUUCGUGGGAGAGCCCUCAGUCGAUGAAUUCUUGCGGCCUUUCCUUCCCAUUCUGCUGCUGGUGCCUCGAGCAAUCAGUUUCUGUUGCGGUGUCAUUAGCUCAUGUCUUGAUUGGCUGGUCUCGCGCUUGCGGCCUUUGUGGCCGGAGAAGUUCGUCGAGAAGGUGAAGGGCGCUUGUCCCUGUCGAAUCUACAAGUGCGGCUGCUGUGGGCGCCGCUGCCGAAUCUGCAGUUGCUGCUCGAGAACCGAGGUAGAGCCUGUGGCACCGCCCGACCUGACAGAAACGAUUGAGUCCGAGGAUGAACAAGAGGCACAGAAGAAGGGCAACAAGGACAAGAAAGAGAAGGCGGAGAAGAAGGAGAAAGCCGAGCGGAAAACGAAGGAACGCAAGGACCGGAAGGAGAAGAGGUAG